CGAUCGCUGAUGACACUGGCACACACACAAAGAGAGAGAGAGAAAGCAAAACCAGAAUCUAAAAUUGUUUUUUUGUUUUUUGCUUUUUGCUUUUUGCUUUUGUGUAGAGCAUGGCUGAUUUCGACAAGGCACUGCUGGUGGUGCAAGCGUCGCUUAAGGAAGACGUGAUGCAGUUUUACGAGGCAGUACAGCGUGAGUAUGGCUGAUAGGAAAAAAUGGGUUUUUUAUGUGAUUCAUAAACAGGCUUUAUUUCUUCUUUUUUCUUGUUAUUUUAAAUGGGGGAAGAGGCGUUUCUGGAAUGUCGUGAUUGAUGAUAGAAAUGUCGAUUAUAUAAUUGAGAGUGUAAAAAGUCUGUGUGCGAGUCGAGUGAAGCUGUGCUUUUUUUUUUUUUUGCCUUACUGCUCGGCGAUUAUUGGUAUUGUAUAAAAACGGGGUUUCUUUUCCCCCCUUUUUUGAUUGCUCAGUUUGUUUUUUUAAUAAAAAAUAAAAAAUAAAAAAUAAA